GUGAUUGAACACCUUGACUCCAGAUAAGACAGAUAAUGGCACCAAAAAAGCAAGAAGAAUUGACCGUUGUAUCAUCUGAACCGGUAGACUUCGACGAUAAGAAAGAGGUAAAGGAAGAGAAGGAGGAGGAAAAGAAGGAGGAGGAAAAGAAGGAGGAAAAAGAGGAAAAGAAGGGAGAAGAGAGUAAAGCAAUUAAUGACGAUAAGGAAGAAUUAAAGGAAACACCACCAGCUUUACCACCAAAGCCAACUGAAGAAAAGGUUGAUGAAGUUCCAAUCAAUGAUGAAGUUCCGCCACCAGCACCACCUCCAAGGCCAUUGUCGCCAGCUUCUCAAUUGACAAAGACUUUAAAGGAAGCAUUCCCUAAUAUUGAAGAUAAGUUAAUUACUGCAGUUAUAAUUGCAUCUCAAGGUAAUUUAGAUCCUGCUUUUAAUGCUUUAUUAUAUAUAUCCGAUCCAAGUUUUAAACCAACUAUUGAAGUCAAUGCUCAACCAAUAAAUGAAAAAUCCAAGCCUGAUUCAACAUUAACUGAUGAUGAAUUAUUAGCGAGACAAUUACAAAAAGAAUUUGAAAAAGAAGAUCGUAAAAGAAGACAAAAACAUCAAGAAAGACAAAGAAGAUCAAAUCAACAACAACAACAACGUAGAUACGAUGAUGACGAUGAAAGCCCAGAUGAAUUUGAUCAAAUCAAAGAAUCUUUUACUCAAGGUAUUGAAGAAGCAAGAAGUACAUUAAAUGGAUGGGUUAGUGGAUUUUCUAAAAAAUUUCAAGGAGCAAAUGAUAAUGAAAAUCAAUCAAAACCUCAAUUAUUUGGAGCUUUAGGUGGAUCUUCUUUCAAAAAUAAUAAUCAAAACAAUAAUCAAAAUAGAAAUCAAAAUAAAUUUGAUGAAGAUCCGGAAAUUUUAUCAAGUGAUUUCCAUAAUCGUAUAAAUUUAUCAAAUAAUGAUGAUUCUGCUCCUUCAUUACCAAAUCGUAAUAAAGAACAAAAUGUUACCCGUGGUAAUAAAUGGCAACCAUUGAAUUCAGAUGUGCCAAUUAAUUCAGAUGCCUUUUUAGUAACUGAUAGUGAAGAUGAAGAUACUGGUGUUUCUAACUAUGAUACAAAGAAUAAGAAAUAA